AUGGAUAAUACAACAGCAUCAGCUCAAGGACCAACAUCACCAGCUGAGGCAGGGCAUGCUCGAUUAAAGCAGGAGAUGUCUAAGCUCACGAUUUCUGAUGAUCCCAGUUCACAGAGACAAAGGUCCCAUUCUAUCUCCCCACAACAGCCGCCUCGUUGUAGGGCUGGUGGUGGUUUUGAUGAUGGUUCUGUCGCUGUUUGGAAGAGAGGGCCAACGUAUUUCUGCCAUUUGUCACCAUUGGGAAGAGAGAGUAGUAGUAAAGGCGAGGGUAACAGCAGUAAUGGCGGUGGCCAUGCUGCAGUGAAGUUUACUGAUAGACACUAUUUGAAUAUAUUACAGUCAAUGGGACAAGCAUUGCAUAUAUUUGAUGUCAACUAUCGUAUAAAUUACUGGAGUCCAUUGUUGCACAGGAAUCGAUCUGCUGAACGGCUAUAUGGUUAUUCUGCUGAAGAAGCUCUUGGACAAGAUACCAUUGAGCUCUUAGCUGAUGCUCAGGAUUAUGGUGAUGCUGCUAACAUUAUAGACCUAGCGGUAAAAAGGGGUGAGAGUUGGACUGGACAGUUUCCAGUUAAGAAUAAGCAAGGAGAUAGAUUCGUAAUCAUUGUUACGACUAGCCCUUUUUAUGAUGAUGAUGGUACUUUUGUCGGUGUUAUUUCUGUAUCGAGUAAUGCUAGGGAUUUCCAAGAAACAGGGUUUGCAUCGAUGGAAGUGAAGCAGUUGGAAUCUGAUGCAAGAUUUAGAGCCAGAACCCUUGCUUCUUCCAAACUUGGACCUGAUCCCCAGCAGCCCCUGCAAGUUACCAUUGCCUCCAAAAUUUCUAAUUUGGCCUCAAAGGUGAGCAACAAGGUUAAGUCAAAAAUAAGGACAGGAGAGAGCAGCGUGCAUCAUGAAGGUGAAAGUGGAGAUAGUCAUUACUUGAGCCGUGCAUUUUCUGGGGCUGCUCUCUCAGAUCACUGGGAGGAUGCAAAUUCCAUUGGAGCGCGUACGCGUUUGGAAGAUGUUCACACUUCUCCCUUUGGAUUAUUCUCUAUUCUUGCAAAAGAGGAACAUUCUCCGGGGAAACUCUCAAGCUAUUCUGGGGAUGAGAGUGGGGGAAAACAAGGGAUUUGUAAGGCUAUCACCUUUAAGGCAGAGGCAUGGAUGGCGAAGAAGAGCUUACCAUGGCCAUGGAAAGGCAACAAUCGAGAUGUGUCAGAGACAGAGAGUACGAGACUUGUACGGGCUUGGCUAAACAAUAACCAUGAAAAUGAGUUUAAUUACAUUAACAGUUAUAAUGCAUUAGAACCAGACAAUCAGUUUAUUGAUACUAACUGGACAACCACCAAUGAAGCUUCGGGAUCCUGGUCUACUUCAUUUGAUGUCAACAGCACAAGCAGUACUAGUAGCUGCGGAAGCACCAGCAGUAGUGAUGUUAAUAAGGUGGACAUGGAUACUGACUGCCCGGAUUACGAAAUCUUGUGGGAGGACUUAACAAUUGGAGAACAUAUUGGAGAAGGUAAUCAAAGGAAAUGUUGAAGAUGUAGAGUUACUUGACAAAGCUUAUAUUUUGAUCUCUGAGCCAAUGGUGAACCACAGUGUCGCCCGUCUUUCCAAGAAUUGGUGGAGAAACUUAACGAUCUGCAGAGGGGGUAUGUUAUUCAAGCCCAGACAGCAAGUAGCAAUGCAGGACGUAGCAGCCAUAAGGA